AUGGUCAUAACUGUCGAACUCCAAAGUUUCGCGGUAAAGAAGGUGCUAAUUGACCAAGGGAGUUCGGUAGACAUACUGUAUUGGAAGACCUUCCGAAAGUUGCAGAUACCCAUAGAAGACUUGACACCAUACGAUGACCCCAUAUAUGGGUUCGCCGGCGAAAGAGUUCCGACCAAAGGUUACGUUGACUUGCAUACAACCUUUGGAGAGAAAAAAGGAGUUAGAACCAUACUGAUCCGCUACCUGGUCGUCGAAGCCCACACCUCAUACAAUGUGCUACUAGGGCGCCCCUCCCUGAACGCAAUAGGAGCAAUAGUAUCCACCCCACACCUGGCUAUGAAAUUCCCUUCGCCAUCAGGAGAUAUUCUCACGGUACAUGGCGAUCAAAAGGCAGCCAGAGAAUGCUACAUGGCCAGCCUAAAGUUGCCCCAGCCCCUCCUCACGGCUCAAAACAUAGAAACCACUCCAGAAGGAGCCCUCCUGGUUGGAGACGAACUCGACCCCAGAAUCAAUUCCGAUUCCCGUAUGGAACCAGUAGGAGAAGUAAGACAGUUUCCCCUGACUCGCCCAGACCGUUUCCUCCAGGUCGGCACGUCACACCAAGGUGAACACGCGCAGCAAAUAGAAAAGGUACUCCUCGACAACGCUGACCUAUUCGCAUGGACAACUGCAGACCUCCCCGGGGUCCACCCCAGGAUAGCUUCUCACAAGUUAUCCGUUUUCAAAGAAGCCAAACCCGUCUCCCAGAAAAAACGCAGACUGGGAGAAGAGCGGAGACAGGCCGCCAAGGCAGAAGCAGAGAAGCUAAAACUGGCCGGAUUCGUGGGCGAAGCCCGUUACACAACAUGGUUAGCCAAUGUCAUCCUGGUCAAGAAACCUAACGGGAAGUGGCGAAUGUGCAUAGAUUACACUAACCUCAACAAAGCCUGUCCCAGAGAUGCUUACCCCCUCCCCAGCAUAGAUCGACUCGUGGAUGGAGCAGCAGGGCACGCAGUACUGAGCUUCUUAGACGCAUAUUCCGGGUAUAACCAGAUACCGAUGGCUGAGGAAGACAAAUUAAAGACUGCCUUCAUCAUCGAGGAAGCCAACCUCUUUUACAAAGUUAUGCCCUUUGGCUUAAAGAACGCAGGAGCGACAUAUCAACGUUUAAUGGACAGGGUUUUCGAACCCCUCCUGGGGAAAAGUGUCGAAGUAUAUGUGGAUGACAUAGUGGUAAAAUCCCCCGACCCGGUGCAACAUGCGUCUGACUUGGCGGACGUCUUCAAGGCAAUCCGAGCGUACAACUUAAGGCUGAACCCAGAAAAAUGCACCUUUGGCGUCAACGGCGGCAAGUUCCUAGGUUUCAUGCUCACACAGAGGGGGAUCGAAGCCAACCCGGAAAAGUGUCAAGCAAUCAUCAAUAUGAGAAGCCCGGUCACUGUUAAAGAGGUUCAACGCCUGGUAGGCAGACUAACAGCAAUAUCCCGUUUCCUUCCCAAGCUCGCGGAGAAAACUGGACCAAUGAUCAAGUUACUCAGGAAAUCAACAAAGUUCGCAUGGGAUGACGCGUGCCAGCAAAACUUUGACCAGUUAAAGCAGCUGCUCACCACCCCACCAAUCUUAAGCAAACCCAUUCCUGACGUACCCCUGGUAGUUUAUAUUUCAGCAUCCGACAGCGUCGUCAGCGCAGCGAUUGUCCAGGAAAUCGAUAACAAGCAGCAGCCCAUUUACUUCAUCAGCCGCGUGCUGCAAGACCCAGAGACACGCUAUCAAAUGGUAGAAAGAGUCGCCCUAUCACUUGUCACAACAGCCAGAAGACUUAGACCAUACUUUCAAAGCCACCCGAUAACCGUCAGAACUGACUGCCCAAUCCAAAAGAUCCUACAAAAGCCCGAUUUGGCUGGUCGAUUGUCGGCAUGGUCGAUCGAACUAUCAGAGUUCAGCAUCCGGUACGAGCCGCGCGGCGCGAUCAAGGCCCAAUGUCUAGCAGACUUCGCCAACGACCUACAAAGUUAUACAGCCACCCAGAGCACAUGGUGGACCAUGCACGUAGACGGCUCAUCCAACCCGAAAGGGGCAGGUGCAGGCGUCGUGUUGGAGGGACCAGGCAAUGUCCUCAUUGAACAAUCCUUACAGUUCAAAUUCAAAACGUCCAACAACCAAGCAGAGUACGAGGCGAUCAUCGCUGGCCUUCACCUAUCCAAAGAAGUUGGAGCAAAACGACUCAUAUGCAAAAUCGACUCCCGUCUAACCGUCGGUCACCUAACAGGAGAAUACCAAGUAAAGGACCCCCUGAUGGCACAAUACUACCACAUAGUCACCGAUAUGAUCAGCUACUUCGAGGACUUCAAGAUAGAACGUGUACCAAGAGCAGAGAACGCCAGGGCGGACCUCCUAUCCAAACUUGCCAGCACAAAGAAAAAAGGCAAAUACAAGUCACUCUUGCAACAAACCUUGGAAGCGCCGUCCACCGAAUGUGAGCCACAAUGCAUGCAAGUCACAACACGCGAUAGUUGGAUGGACCCAUUCAUUCAAUAUUUACAGAACGGGGCUAUACCUGAAGGAGAGGAAAAGGGCUGGACAAGGAAAGCAGCACGUUACACGCUGAUUGGAGGGGAACUCUUCCGAAGAGGCUUCAGUACCCCACUUUUGAAGUGUAUCACCGCCGAAAAGGCCGGUUACGUCAUGCGGGAAAUACAUGAAGGACCGUGCGGAUACCACUCUGGCCCAAAAACUAUGGCAGCUCGGAUACUACGUGCGGGAUACUUCUGGCCAACAAUGACUGAAGAUUGCACCGCGUACACACAGAAAUGCAUCCCAUGUCAAAAGCACGGCCCGGUUUCACACCUCCACCAUGAAGAGCUGCACCAUAUCUGUUCCCCAUGGCCGUUCUCCAAAUGGGGAAUGGACAUAAUCGGGCCGUUCACACCCGGGAAAGGAUACGGCAUUCCCCACACGAUAAUAACAGACAACGGUCGGCAGUUCAUUGACAGAGGAUUAGCAGAAUUCUACAGUGACCUUAAAAUCAAGCACAUAACCAGCUCCGUUGAACACCCACAGACAAACGGCCAAGCUGAAGCAGCUAAUAAAGUCAUUUUGGGCCAAUUAAAAAAGCGCCUCGAUAACGCUAAGGGAAGAUGGUCGGAAGAACUACUCGGGAUACUAUGGGCGUAUCGCUGCACACCGCAAUCGUCAACCCGCGAAACACCCUACAGCCUAGUCUAUGGCACGGACGCUUUGAUACCCGUUGAGAUAGGCGAGCCAUCAAUAAGGCAAGAGCACCACAACCCGGAGGUCAAUGAAGCACACAUGCACGCCCAUCUAGACUUGCUCCAAGAAAAAAGAGAGAAGGCCAGCAUCCGGGACAUGGCCACCAAGCUCAGAGCGGCAAGGAAAUAUAACUCCAAGCUAACACCGAGAUCCUUCCACAAAGGCGACCUGGUAUGGAGAAUGGCAAGCAAGGCACGCAAACAUGAAGGCAAGCUCUCCGCUAAUUGGGAAGGACCAUACCGAAUCCUCCAGGAAGUGGGCAAAGGCGCCUAUCCACUCGAGCGCCUAUCUGGUGAACCCAUACCCAACACAUGGAACAUCUCCCAUCUGAAAUUUUACUUCAGUUAA